AUGUCUGUCAACCUCAGCAAAAAUGGCGCCGCCCUGCAGGCUGCCUACAAAGAUGUGGUGGAUGGGAAAAGCAAGACUGACUGGUGAGUAUAUGCAGGUAACCCCCACAGUUAACCUAACCCCCCCCCCCUCCUCCUCUUCCUUCCUGCCUGCCUGUCAUGUAGUGCCAGGCUGCAUAUUGUGUGGAAUGAAGGAAUAUCUGGAUAUUUAAUGCAUUGUGAGAUUGUCAUUGUAUAACUAGAAUGAAGUGAGGUAUCUAGAGGGAGUAGUGUUACAACAUCAGAUAUAGAAAGAUCUGUUUAUUUCAGGGUCACAGAGCUAGCUUUUCUAGUCUAGAGGACAUUAUUUAUAGUAUUGUGUGAAAGAUCUGGGUAUAUAUAUAUAUAAGAUAUGUGAAGUUCCUGGCAGAACAUGUCUGGGUAUUGUGUGCAGCUUGUGAUGGAGAAAGACCUGGGUAUAGCUAUGGGGAGGAUAUUGUAUAGAUAGAAUGUAUCUGCUGGGCAGAUUCUGAAACAUUCACUUCUGGACGUUCUGUCUAGAGAACAAUGCUCACUAGAAAGUGAGGAACAUAAAGCUUAUUCUAUGUAAAUGUCACAGUUACAUUGUAUAAUGUGAUAUAAGGGAAAGUCUGGGAUUAGUACAUAUACAAUUUUUUUCCCCAUUAAUUACAACUGAUGGAGUUGCGAUUCAUAGAGUAGAACGAUGCUCUGUAAAUGGUAUCAUGAAAUGUGAGCAGCAGAAGGCUAUAUUUACAAGAAAAAGAUCUAAGUAUUCAGACUAACAUUGUUAUUGACUAAACCUGAAUUCCCUGGAAGUCACCAGGAAGCCUAAAUUGCUAAACUGGAAAUAUGCUCAGAUAAGCUACAUUUAAAACUCCAAAUUCUGUGGCCAAUUUCCCAACAGAUCACGGUUUUAUUUCAUUUCGCUGUGAAUCUGUCCCAAAUAUAGGUUGAAACAGACUCUUUCUUUAUCUAAAUUAUGUAAUUGGUGGUUCUCUUCAUAAUUUGGUAACAAAAUAUUUCACUUUAAUAAAAAAGUCCCUUCUCUGGAAUUUAGGCAAUUAAAGAAAACUUUGAAAAUAAUUUAUAACUUGUUUUAGCAAUUUUUGUUUUUCUUUCACGAGAUACUUUUAUUUUAUAAUCCAUAUUAAAGAGUAAGCAAAUUACAUCGUAAUCUAGUUCAGACAGGGUAAACACUGCUAAUGAAGAUGAGAUCAGAAUUUAUAACAAUGAUUGACAGGGAGCUAAGAUGGAGGCGCCCAGUUGCAGGUUAAAGAGGCAGAGAUUUCUAUAUUUAAUUUUAUUAUUCACACCUCACAAAUAUAUAUAUGUUAAAUAUAGGGAUAUGGAAAGAUAAUACAGUAUAAAAGAAAAUGACCGUUCCCUUUUAAAAUUAUUGCUGGACUGACCUCCCCCUAGUCAUAUAUGCCAGAGAUUUUAAAAUUUUAUUUACCAUGGUUUCUAUGCCAAGCACUGGUUGGGCAUUAUGGGAAUGGUAGUUACCAAUCACAUCAGAACUGAAAAAAAUGCUUGCAGAUUGUUAUGAUUUAUAAUUCCAUCCUAAAAGCCCCAAGCAGGGCGUGCCAUCUUUUUAAUUACAUAUUAGAAUUAUAGUGUGUUAUGUCAUCUGACAGAGUUCUUCUCCUAAUAAUAGGUUUUCUUUGUUUUCCUAGUAAAAGAGGCCACAUAUAAAAAUAGACAUGCUUCAGAUUCAAGAAGCAUUGCAGUAGCACAUUAUAAAGUCAACUCUGUAAGCAGUCUUUUUUUUUUUUUUUUAUCCAAAUUUGGCUUCUUUUCAGCUGAAAGCUUUCAAUGUAAAUUCCAUUUGACUUUUUAUAACUUUGUUGUUUUGGCUAUAUGUGCGCUUCCUUUUGGAAGGCAGUUAAAAUCAGCUAGAUCUCUACAGAAAUUUACUAAUGUAGUUUACUAAUGAGUUGCUACCUUAUCUCCCUAGUUAGUUUGAUCCAAUUCCCCUGAUAAAGUUCUCGAAGAUAAACAGACCAGGGGAAUUAUUGCACGCAUAACUCAAAGCAACCUCCACUUGCCCUGUAAGAGUCCCCAAAAGCUUACUCUUACCACUUUUUUUUUUUUUGCUGGAAACAUUUUUAGAAUAAUCUUACUGUAGCAAAAAUUCUCAUUUGAAAAUAGUAAGGAACCAUUUUUAGAGAAAUUUGAUGAAUAAAGGUAACUGCAUUUACGGCAUCAAAUUCGGGUUUAGUGAGUAGACCUCCUCCUAUGUGUUUGCAACUUAAAGGUGAUGGUUAGUAGCCCUCAUAUCAAAAACCUAUCAACCCCUCAAGUAGGUUCAAGAGACUGAUGAGCUGGAUAGUCAUAGUGUGUUUUUGUGCCAGGAGAUUCUGGGUAGUGCUGUGCACCUUAGUAGGUAGUACGCGUUGUUCUGACCUGAAUUCACAGUGAUAUAUGUAAUAUAUUCUGUAACAGAGGAGGAAGUGGUUUUUUUUCUAUGUGCAUUAUGAGGAAGUGAGGGUUUGAGCAAGGCAUGUGUUUGUGGGAAACCCAUUUUAACCUUUUUAGAUGUUGCACACAAAUAAUGUUAGUCUGUAAAAAGGACGGCAAAUCUUUAUUUCUUGUUUGCCUUUUUAUUGUAGCAGUUGCAAUUUUCACUUUAUAAUUGUUAAGCAUCUAGAAUGUUCUGUUUGUGUGCAGGCCAUGUUUUUUGGUUCAGGUUUAAAGAGUUACUCCAUCUCUUUUAUAUCUUAACAUUAUUUUAUAAUUCCUUAUUGGACAUUAGUUGUUUACCCCCUUCAACUUAAGAUACUCUGAAAAUAAAGAAUAUAAAUACCAACAAUCCAGCACUGAGCAAGGUACUUCCACGCCCUGUCCAAUAUCGCUCUGCACCACUUCUCUCUCCAUGGUCCAAUCAAAUGCUUCUCAUGUCAGGUCCUGGCAGAUGGAGUGGAAGAAGAUGGAGACUGAACGGAUGAAGAUGGCAGUGGUGGACAGUGACAAAGCCACUUUAAUACAAAUUCCUCCUCAAUAUCAGCGGGAAAAUAAUCCUAAUGUGCAAGGGUUAACAGAAAAGCAAGAAUAAAACCAGAAUGGCAGACAUACAUGGACAACUUUGAGUUAGGAGUACUUGCUUGGUAAAUGUUGAGCUUCCACAGGUACAAAAGAUCUGAUUCUUGAGACAUAUAAAGACAUAAAUUCAGAUGGAAUUUCAAGUCUGUGAAGGAAAGUCCCCCAUACAUCAGUUACCAGCAAAUGAGCUGUUAACACCAUUAUAUUUCAUUUUGCUGUGAAUCUGUCCUAAAUAUAGGUUGAAACAUACUCUUUCUUUAUCUAAAUUAUGUUAUUGGUGGUUCUUUUCAUAAUUUGGUAUCCACUAGGGAUAUCUGUGAACCCAGCAAUAUGAUAUAUCUCGGGAUUGCAGGACCUGGGUCAACGGACAGAGCGAUCACUUAAAGUGAAUUAAAAUAUGAUCUAUUGUCUUCACCCACACUGCUCAGGUGAAAGUCUCCCUAUCAAGGUUUGAUACUUGAGAAUUAAGUCCUUCUGGAAUAAGAUAUACAAGGCUAUGAUUAGUCAGAUGUUCUCAAGAAGGGUAUGUAAAUCCCCUACACCUUUGGAAGCCACAAGAGGGGAUUUUGAGAAAAUUGGACAGCCUGGCUGGUCCUCCACAGUGUCAAGAGACUGGUGUCCAGAUGAGGAGGUAAGUUUGUCCAUCUCUGACGCCAUCUUGAAAGGAUGCUCCUGUCGUGCCCUUGAGCACAAGUUCGCAAUAUGCAAGGUUCCAAAUGGUUUCUCUGCCUGCUGCUAAUUACUUUUCUGACAUAGAACCAUUAGCAGGGUAAGUACAACUAGUGAGGUCGGCACUUAUUAAUAAUGUGUUUUAGCGGUAUAGGAUCAUAGCUAGCAGAAAGUGCGUCCGUCCACCUCAACUGUUGGUUCCGCACCACAUAUAUUGUUUCUUAAAGAACAAAUAUUACUUUCUUUUAUUCUACAUGUAUACCUAACACUAUAUUAAAUAGGAGUAAAAUAAAAAAAAUUACAUAGCUUCAACUAUCAGUCAUUUUUAAAUACACAAGACACAAUUGAAAAAGGAUGCGCCAAAGCUGGCUAUGGUACUACUAAAAUAAACAAAGUUCAGAGAAUAAGUAGUGCCAAAGCAAAGUGUUAAGUUGGGCCUGAUGGGGCACCGACAGCUUUUGUAGAGGAAUAUUCUCUCUAUGGGUCAAACGAAGACGGUUUUUAGGAUCUGUAUGUAAAGAGAGAAAGAGAUAAUAGUGCAAAUACGUCUGAUACAAAGUGUUCAAUUGCAGGAAGAAGAGAUCUAUAGUAAUCCUACUCACGUGUAGUAGAGCUAAACUAGCUCUAGUGUGGAUGGCAUACAGCGCUACAAUCCCCGCUUGUAGGAUACGUAGGGAGGUAUUGGUCUUUAAAUCCGUAUGUGGGGAAAAGAAGACAGAUGAUAGGGCAAUACGUCUGGUAAAUGUGGUAUAUACGACAACAGAGUCUACUAUAGUCCUACUCAUCUGAAGUAGAGCUCAAACCAGCUCUAGUGUGAAUGGCGUACAGCGGUAUAAUCCCCGCUUGUAGGAUACGUAUAGAGGGUUGAGUCUUGUUUCGAUAUGUAGAUCAUGAAAGAGAAGAGACAACUAAUAGUGCUCACUAUUUAAAAGUGGUAUAUAAGGAGUAUAAAUUAAAUGUGUGCUCACAUAGGAUUGAGCAGGCAGACUGCUUGAUGACUUAGGCGUAAGUGGUAUAAUCCCCACCUCGGAUGUCUUUGGAGUAAUACUCAGCGGGAGGAAUAAAAUCAGGAUACCAAGCAAAAAUAAAAAUAAUGAAUAAAAGAGUAAAAUGGAACAAUCAAAAUGAGUUAAAAGUAGCCAAAAUACCUUUAUUUGGAAUACAGAAUAAAAUAUUAAAAUGUCCACAACGCAUUUCACCUAUGAAGGCUUUUUCAAGUGGAGACAAAAAAAGCCUUUUUUUCAAUUGUGUCUUGUGUAUUACCUUUGUCUAUAGGGCUUAGAGGGAACCCUAUUUUUAGGUUGCUGCCUCAUACAUUACCUAUCUUAGUAUUGGUUUAUUUCAGCGCUGUUUCCUUCUUUUGUUCAUAAUUUUUAAAUGCCUCAUAUGUCAAGGAUCUACAUUAAGUUUUGGUAGUUAACACUAACCCUUUACCAACUGUAUGCUUACACUAGCUUUAACUGUACACCUAUUGUAACCUUAACUCUAAAUUAUUCCUAACAGUAAAACAGCAUCCCUUGCCUUACUCUAACACUGACUGAAAGAGAUUCUCUCUGUUGACGUCCCUGAGCACCAGAAACUAUAAAGCAAACUGUUUUUUUUUUUAAUUGUUCUGCUAAUCCCUAAUUUUCUUUUAUUACAGGGCUCUCUUUACCUAUGAGGGAAACAGUAAUGAUGUCAGGCUGGCUGGGACUGGAGGUUUGUGCAUGACAUUAUAUUAGAUAUUUUGUCUAAAUUUUAUUGUUAUACUGGAAAUUGGAUAUUUUAUUAAGCAAGAACUUUGUAACAAGAUCUGUCACUGAGUGUCUUAAAAGGGUCAGGAACAAAAACAUGUUAUCCUGACCCUAUAGUGUUUAAAUCACUAUCUAGCUCCACUUUCCCCUCUGCCCCACGCCUCCCUAAAUAUAGUAAAAUCUUACCUUUAUGCCAGUCUGCUGCUGCUGGCUCUGCCCUGGAUCUGUCUGCUUGGCUGACAUUAUCAGACAUCUGACAUUGUCAGCCAAUGACAGUGCUCUCCCAUAGGAGAGUUUCAAGGAGGCAGAUCAGGGACAGAGCCAACACACGCCCUGGCCAAUCCACAUCUCCUCAUAGAGAAGCAUUGAAUCAAUGAAUCUCUAUGAGGAAAGUUCAGUGUCUCCAUGCAGAGAGUGGAGACACUGAAAUGUGCAGCACUGCCCCAGGAAGCACUUCUAGCAGCCAUCUGAGGAGUGGCCAGUGGAGGUAUCCCUAGGCUGUAAUGUAAACACCGCCUUCUCUAAAAAAAAAAAAAAACAGUGUUUACUACAAAAAGCCUGCAGGGACUGAUUAUACUCAUUAGGGUUUUUUUUUUUUGACUGUUUUUUGUCUGUAACUUCCUUCUUUGCCCAACAGAUGGUGGUCUUGAGGAACUAGUGGACGAGUUAAGCAGUGGGAAAGUAAUGUAUGCCUUCUGCAGGGUUACAGACCCAAAUUCUGGGCUUCCUAAAUAUGUCCUCAUUAACUGGGUAAGUUUUUACAGUCUAUAAUUUUCAAUGUUAGUCACAAGUCAAGAAUUCACAGCAUACUUUGUCAUCUGCUGGAUGAUUAAGCUUGGCCAACCCCCAUAUCAUGUGUACUUGGUGUGAGAUCUUAUUAAGUCAUUGUUUUUCUCUCUUUUAGACAGGUGAGGGGGUGAAUGAUGCCCGAAAAGGAGUGUGUGCCAACCAUGUCAGUACAAUGGCAAACUUCCUAAAGGUACAAGAACCCUUACUAUUCUCCUAGGUGAUGCAACGCAAAACUUCAUUCUUUUCCGACUUGAUGGCUGCGAUUUCUGACUUUCCUACCUUUCUGUGUCUCAUAUUUGCUUGUCGCAAUAACCGCAUUUUAUUUGUUGCAGGUCUUUUCUGUAGUUUUCAUUUAAAUACAUAUAUACAUGAAUGCUUGUAAACCUGUGAUAGGGCGCACUCAUAUAUACUCUUACACUUAUGUUGGGAACCGAAAAUUCAUCCUGUGUGAAUUGGGUUACGAGGUACACCUAGUAUAAAUGCCCAGCAGUGGAGUGGGGAGAUUAGAGGAUCUUUAUUAUCUGUGCUACUCUAUUUUAAUUACCUCCUUUGUGAGGUAAAGCUGUAAGGCUGUAACAGCUGCUUUCAGUAAGUUUUGUCAACAGCAGGCUCAUGGGGAAGAGGGGGGCCCCCUUAUAAUACAAAGGAGUGUCCUCUUAUAUGUGGGGAACUUUUUAUAAUAUUUAGUAAGAAUAAAAAGUUAGACAUUUUCCCCCUCUGAAAGCAUUUCAUUGGAGGGCAUGGGGAGAUGGAUCCCUUUCCCACUCUGACAGCUUCUAAUAUAUGUGUUGGAUAAACAGGAUAUCCAGCAUUCAGCAGUGCAGUCCAAAUCCUUAUCGUGCCACAAGGACCUUUACUUAACCCCUUAAGGACACGUGACAUUUCAUGUUUCCCUUUUAUUACAGAUGUUUGGUCCUUAAGGGGUUUAAGCGACACUCCAGUCAUUUAAAGCUCUUUAACUUGUUGAAAUGCUUUGUGAAGAGUGAAUCCUCUUUUUGCAUUUUACAACAAGUGUAGAUUUUAAUAGAAAUUGGCACUUUGUUACAACCCUCCCCUCCCCUGGCUGUCAAUCAGACAACAGGCCAUGUUAUCGGUAUUUAUUUAGCUAUGGGGUUAAAACGACACUCCAGUCAUCUAAAGCUCUUUAACUUGCUGAAAUGCUUUGUGUGAAGAGUGAAUCCUCUUUGGAUUUUACAACAAGUGCAGAUUUUAAUAGAAAUUGGCACGUUGUUACAACCCUCCCCUCCCCUGGCUGUCAAUCAGACAACAAGCCAUGUUAUUGGUAUUUAUUGAGCUCAGUGGAACUAAAUUUAAUAGUCAGGCAAUUGCACAGAGAUCAUGAUUUGCAAAGACUUCUCAUUGAGCUACAUUGGAAAAUCUCAAAUUGGAGAGAAACAGAAAAUCUGAGCUGGGGAAGAAUUGGAGGCUUGCAAAGGCUGCGGAUGAGAUUGUGGUUUUCAAACCAAUCCCCAAAAAGACUUUAAUAUUACAUUUUAAUAUUGCUUCAUGGCAUAUUUAUGUGGGCAAAACAGUUUUCCAGCUGAAUAAUUGAAAUCAUUACGUACAAAGAAAUAAUUGUUGAUUCAAUGUCUCAUUUUGAACUGAUAACGGCUAUUUAAUGUGUUCUGAGCACCACUUUGUGUUAAAGAGGGUAUCUUGCCUAUUGUUUUUAUACAUCUAGUAUUUUAUUUCAUUCAGCACAGUUCUCACUUAUUUGUAUUAUCCAAAGCUGAGGAGGGCUAUAACCACUUCUAGCCGAAAGCCUCUCCAAAACGUAUUUUCUGGUGGAAAGGGGACCAUUUAUUUGUAAUUUAUAAAGACUUCUCUUUGUGAUAAAAAUUGUUCCUUACACCGCAGAGCCCAAACGUUUUUGCGUUCUAGUUCUCUACGUCAUUUUGAAUGUCUGUUACUUCAUAGUUCCUUAGGUUAUUUUUCACCCUAAAAUGAAAGCUCAUUAUACCGUGACUGGGUUUCUCCACUUUGCAUGAUGACCGGUAGAAGGACACUUAGCACUCAUCUUUAUUUUGACAUUACAUAACAUAUAUAUCAUUGCUUCUCUUGUGACACUUUUUUUUUUUUUUUUUACACAUAUUCCUCGAGAUAGUUAUAGAGAUAUAUAUAUAUAUAUAUAUAUAUAUAUAUAUAUAUAUAUAUAUAUAUAUAUAUAUAUAUAUAUAUAUAUAUAUAUAUAUAUAGAGAGAGAGAGAGAUAUAUAUAGAGAUAUAGAUAUAAAAAAAAAAAUUAUUAUAAUUUAAAAAAUUAUUAUUUUUUUUUUAAAUAUUACAUUUUUAUUGUUCUUGCAAGGUCAUGGAAGUACAGAAGUGCAAAAACUUGACAUCCGAUUAAUACAGAAGAGAAAAGUUACAAAGUCACAUAACAUAAACAUGUCUUGAUUGUUAACUGCAACAAUAUCGGGCCCUCGCUACAUGAGAAAUUACUCUUUCCGUUGUCGGUGCGUUUCCUGGUCGUCAGCUAUAUAACACCCUAAUGACAAGCAUCCAGAUUUUAAGCGACCUUGGUUUUAUUUGCACAUACAAAGAUAAGUUAAAUUAGAUCAAAAUUACAUCAAUUAAUAAACUAAACAGAAAAACAUGUCACUCUUAUAUGGGACAUGCUCUCGUCCUAGGUAAGUGAUGCAGAAUGCAGAGCUUACCAGACCAACUCUAGAUACAGCUCCGACUUUAACUAAGGCGCCGAGGAGCUGGCAUCCAUCUUGGUCAAUCACCAUUUAAAAUUUUUAUUUUUUUCCAUUUGUUUUGGGGGGGGGUCGAUAGAAGUGAGGGAGAGAUAUCAGUUCAUAGCAAACUGUGCCAUCUGGACCAUAUAAGAUCGUAAGUCUCCAUGGUGCCUGCUAACCUGUGUGGCAUGUCUUCGUAUGACCUAGUGCAAUUUAUUUUGUCAAUGACCAUCGUCCAUUCUGGUCGUUUUGUGGAUUUCCACAGCACAGCCAGCGAGGUUUUUGCCGCCAGCGUUAUGUGUAUAGCCAAAGCCGCAGCAUGUUUGGGAAACGUGUUGAGUAACAUGUGUAAUAGGUAAGACUCUGGCGUGGAGGGUAGAGUCCUGUCUGUGCUGAUCUCAACUAGAUUUGGUAUCUGUUUUUGUAUUGUUGGAGGGUGAGGUACCACCGCAUGCAUAACUUGUAAGCUGCCUCUAUAUGGUCCAAACAGUGAGUGGCUCUCUUCACUCCUGCCAUUGCGGUAUGCCAACUGCUCAGCUUCAUACUACAGUUAAAUUCCUUUUCCCAUUGUUUGAUAUAUCUUGGCUUAGAUGGUCUGCCUGUUACCAAUAGGCGUUUAUAACACAGAAAUAAUGGCUUAGGGUGGCCUGGGAUACCCAAACACAGUUUAUCAAUCGUACACAGUUCUUGGGAGUCUAGUGAGUUCAGCUUAUCCUUCUCUAUAAUAUGUUUGAUAUGCAUAUAUGUGAAAAGUUCUCUUCUGGGCAAAGCAAAGGUCUGUUGUAAAUCGGGGAACUCCUGGAUUCCUCCCUCUCCCAGUAAAUGUGUCACUUUCGUGAUACCCCAUUGCGUCCAGUCGCUCAGUGGUAGGUCCUGCAUGCGGUGUGCCAAACUGCGUAGCAUAGGCACUCUGUGUCUUGGUCACCAUACCGGGGCCCAUCUUCACCAUGUUAAUAAGGAUAGUUUUGUUGUAGAAAGUAACCUUAACUUCCGUGGGUGCCUCUGUAUUGGGACCCAUAAUAGUUCCAACGUUUAGUGGGGUGCGCUAAUCGCUUGCUCUAAGGCAAGCCAAAGAGGAGCCUGCUUUGUUGUCAAUAGCCUUGCAGUUUGUGCUAAUGUGGUGGCCACAUAUUUGGCAAUACACGGUACCCCCAAUCCUCCCUCCCCCAUCCCCAAGCAAAUGCUAGCCAGCGACACCUUUGGAGUUUUCCGCUUCCUUAUGUGUGCUUUGAUUAAGGGUUUAAAUUUUGAUAAGAGAUUUGGGAAUUUUGACUAGUAAUACUGGGAAGAGAAACAAUAUUUGUGGUAAAACAGUAAUUUUUGUGGCAUUUAUGUGACCCAACCAUGAGGAAUUCUUAUCCCCUCAGCUAUCUCAAUAUUUAUUCUUAACCCACCAGGGUGCUCAUGUAACAGUAAAUGCUCGUGCUGAAGAUGACGUGGAGCCUGAAUCCAUCAUGCAGAAAGUGGCCAAAGCAUCUGGAGCAAAUUAUAACUUUCACCGGGAGAAUAGCAGGGCCAGCGAUGUACCUCAAGGACCUGUGGUAAGAGUAUGGUGAAAAGUGUAUACAGUAUGUAUUAAGAAAUGGGAGGGGAUUUCAGGGAGAAGGCAGGAUGCCUGGUACCUGGAGGAAAGAGCAGGGUGAUCUGGAUCAUAUUUACAGUACCAAGAGGGGAUGAGGAGUGUGACUCUGAACCUUGAAUGGAGAAUAUAGGGAUGCGCAAUGUCUCUUAGAGAAGAUAAUGUGCACUAAGCUGAUUUCACUUCGUGUUUCUGUAAUAAUCAAGACAAAUGUAGUGAAAAUGGUUGUGGACUCUAGGAUUCCUUCAUUAGAGAAACAUUACCUUUUGGCCUCCGGGAUUAUGUGAAGGUCUAAAUAACUAAAAGAGUACGCUUGCAAGAUGUUUUUGUUUUUUUUCCCUUUUUUGGCAGGGAUAUUUGCUAAACUGGGAAUUGUGAGGAACUGACCAGGGCAUUUAAAAUUUUAGCCAAAAUAGCUGAAGUGGUAACAAUCUCCAAGUUAGCUAUGUUUGCAUUUUGGCUGUUUUGACCUCAAAUAUAGAAUUUCCUUUAAAAAGGAUGCCAGAAAAAAAGCAACUCUCUACUGUUCUAUACAGGAAAAAGAAGUGGUGGUGUGGUUUUUUUUAUUUUUUCCUUUCUUCUGCUAACUGAAUUGUUGCAUUCCAACCAUGAAACUCUGUAUUCUUAUUGGACCCUUCCCCUAUUCAAAGCUGUGGUUUUUUUUUUUUAAUGCCUAAAUUACACAAAAUCAGAGGUUAAAUAUUAUAGCAACUUAUAAUACAGAGAUUAUUAACAAACCAUUUAUGAAUUUUCUUAAUUUAGUGUUAGCUUUACUUCAGUUAUUCCUUGUCGCUCAUUGUAACGCAGCUCAGCAUUAGCUUGAGUGUCUCCAUCAAAGGACACUCUCUUUAAGCACUGUAUACUUGGAAAGACUCUAGUUUUCUCAUCCAAACACUAACCAGAGGCAUAGUGAAGGGUGAAUAAGAACUAGUUUAUGGAAAACAAGCCACACUUUUAUACACACAGCCCCAACAGAUAGUUCAUGGCUUGAACAAUGUAAAUCCCACCCUAGCGUCUCUAAGUCUGUGAGAUAACAAAGAGAAAUGGGAGGACUGCACUCAGUCAUAAAAACCACAGGGUGAUAGCUGAGUAUGGGUCAGCAUAUCCCAUAAGAAUAAGCAUAAAAAUAAAAAUCUUAGCCACUCACUAUGAAUCGAUGAAUCGAGACGCUUUAUUGGACACUGCAACGUUUUGUAUACCCAGGUCUUUAUCAAGCUGAUAAAGCCUACAAUAUACCCCAUAACACGGAAUGGCACAAAUCAACCCCACAUGACUUAUAUGCACGGACAGUUCUCUUCCUUCACCUCAUUCGAUCAAAAAAGCACUCUUGACGCACUCAUAGUGUUGAAUCACCACCCAGUUAAAGUUUUUACCAUCCGUGCCUGAUUUACAAUCCGAUGGAGAGUUCUAUGUGGCCAGCCAGAGUGACUCUAGGAGACUCGCUGCUUUCCUUGCAAGGCUCACGGGUUGAAGUGAGGGCACUCUUCAGAGCAGUGCCCGGUAAAGGACAGGGGAAAAACCAGGGAGUGUAACCUCAGCUUUAAGUCGGAAACUACGGUUCUGUCACUCUCAUAUAAUCUGAUGUCAACUGGAAGUGCUGUGAAAAUCCAGUGGGACACUGAUAUAUUUGCUCUUUCUUUACACAGGGUUCUGUUUACCAGAAAACAAAUGCGAUGUCAGAGAUUAAACGGGUUGGCAAAGAGAAUUUCUGGGCCAAGGCUGAGGUAAAAUAUGUUUGUCAUUAUGUCAUGCGCUGUUAAAGACAUAUGUUGUAUAGGAACACCAACACCAUCCAAACACUUAAGGCUGUAUUCACUCAACCGAAAAUUUGUACGCCCAAAUAGCUUAAGUGGAAAAAAUAUCCAGCUUAGCUAAUUUAAUUUUACUAGCUCAGAUAUUUUGGCCUAACAUUUACCCUUAUUAAGUCUCCGUUUCAUGAAAAUGCAUAUGAAAUAAAUGUGAUGUGUUUGGAGUUGCUCCAAACUUGUGUCCAUCCAUUCCACGUACAUAUCUCUGUCCUUUCUCACUGCACAGAAAGAUGAGGAGGAGCGAAAACUUGAGGAACAGCGGAAAUCAAAUGUAGAGAGGGAACGACUGGAGAGAGAACGUAAAGAUAGGGAACAGAGAGAGGCUGAAGUGAGAGAGAAGAGAUUCAGAGAAAAAGCAGGAGAGAUAGAUGCUCAAAGGUAAGGAAACCUUACAAAUCUAUAUUCACCACUAAUCUAUAUUCUAACUAUAGACAUUUUAGCUCAAAAGAUUAGACUAAAUAAGGAAAUAAGUGGCAUUCCCAUUGCUCAAGAGGGACAUAUGGUCUGCAUGUAUGCGGGCAAUGUCAUGUUGACGUUGGAUGACCCAUUAAUGUCGGUACCAGCUUUAUUAAAGGAAGUGUAAAUAUAUUCUAAUGUAUCUAACUAUAAAAUAAAUAUUAAUAAAUCAACAGUAAUACCCAUAAAAAUAAACUUGGAAACAGAAAACAUCCCAAAAUAAAAAUACAGCUUUGUUUGGAUGAAAAAAUAAAUUAACUAUCUUGGGAUCAAAAUUUCCCCUAACAUUGAAAAUGUAAUGAGAAAUAAUUUUCUAGAUAUGUUGAAACAGACUAAUUACUUACUAAGUGGAUGGAAAAGGGGGAUGUUGUCUUGGUUGGGUACGAUAAAGGCAAAUAUCCUGCACAAAUGGUGAUAUCUUUUCUGACAUAUACCAUUGGAAAUACCAGCAAGUUGGCUUAAUAUGCUUCAUACUAGUUUUUAAAGUUUUUGUGUGGUGAAAUAAAAAAAACAUGGAUUGACCUUAUCCAUUUAAAAAAGGUGGCCUUGGGUUUCCUUCGAUUAAAGAUUAUCAAGCUAAUAUUAUAGGUCAUAUAUAUAUAUAUAUAUAUAUAUACGCAAGAACCAAAUAUAGAAUCUGAAAUAUGGUACAAGAUUGAGAAACAUUUGCAUUACAUUAACAUUAUAAAGUCUAAUGUACAAGACUUAAAUUUAGAAGCUUGGAGAAAAGCAUGAACAUAUAAUAUUAGACAAUUGUUUCUAGGUAAUCGAGAAUUUUCCAUAGCUAGUACAAUAAUUUGGAUUGAAUAACAGAGAAAUGUUCCCAUAUUUAAGGGUUGAACAUUUUUUGGAAGCUUUUAUAUUAUUUAUAAGGAAAAUAAUAUUGUGAUGAAAAAAUUAGAAGACACAUUUGGAAGACAUAAAGUAACAAAAAUAAUGCCUAAAGCUUAUAGUUUAAGUUUAAAAUAUGAUAAUAGUCAUCAGGAAAUCAGGGUAAAAUGUUGCAGAUGGAAUUCAAUCCAACGGAUUGGUAUGAGGCAUUAAAAAGAUAUAAUGAAUCAAUUAACUGUACUAAGAUUCUGGAAAAGCAAGUCAAAUUUAUACAAUUUUGGUAUUAUGUUCUUAACAGGUUGGCAAGAUUUUCACAUGCUUCUAGUUCUAAAUGUUGGAGAUGUGGGAGAACAGAGGGGGGUUAUCUUCACAUUUGGUCUAAGUGUAAUAUUAUUAAAAAGAUGUGGGAAUUAGUUUUUGAAAAAUUACAUUCACUUGGUAAUGUUAUUGAGAUGAAACCUGAAAUUGUGUUAUUGCAUCUAAAAUGGCCGAGGUUAAAUAAAAAACAGUCCCUGCUGAUAUUUCAUGUUUUUGUUGCUGCUAUAAUAUUAAUAGCUAGAAAAUGGGGUAAGACAGAUGAUAUUCAGUGGCCACAGUUGAGAGAACAGAUGCAGUAUGGAACACAGACUGUUUUGGACAAGUGUUAAGGCAAGACAAGAAAGCAAUAGUCUCAAAAAUUGGCAAAGUAUUAUUGAAAGUAACUUUUAAUAAAAAUAGUUUUUCUUUCUUGUAUAUUAUGAAUGUGGAAUAUCUUGCGUCUAUCCAGGUAUACAUGGUGUAUGUUUGAAUUUAUGUCAUAUGUGUAUAUGAGUUAAUAAGAUGAACAAGCUAUAUGGAACUCCUGUGUGUGUUAUUUAAAUAUGGAAAAUAUUGCAAUAAACAUUAUUGAUAUAAACAAAAAAGGUAAGGAAAUGGAUAGGAGUGUAACAGUUUUAAGAACACCAAUAAUAGGAAAGGUAAGAUUGCUGUGUAACAGAGAAGUGUUAAUUGUGUUUCUAUUGAUUGGCACCAUGUGGAAUGUUUGAGUAUAAGUCAGAAGGAUCUGAUACUGUAAAAAAGAUCUGGAGGUUAUAUUUUAACUAUUAUUUGCCCUGCAGAAAGCAGCAGCAGGAUUCAGAGAAACCUCAGAGGGUGAGUAUUUGUUUAGAAUAAAUAGUUGGAGUCAGUGGCUGCAUUGCACAAUGGUUGUAAACCUGCUCUGUUUGUUCUGUUCCAGAAGACUGAUUCUCAAGGCUCUUUUAACGCACGUGAGAUGUUUCUUCAGAAAGAGCGUUCAGUCCCUGCUCCUGUGAAUACUCAGCCAGGUGAGAAUAACCGUUUUGGGUGGCCGAUGUAGUGUUCAAUGUCCACCCAGUGAACAAUGGUUGUUUCCAGGUCUGCUUCUCUGUGUCUCUUUUCAUGAUGUUUGUCUCUUAGUGAUGUCUCAAAAUGUAACUGUCUGUCUCCAGGGCGACUGCGCAGUCCUUUCUUGCAGAAGUCAACCAGUCAUCCCGAGUCUCCUCCAUCAUCCCCUGUACAUCGUGUCCAGGACCCUCCUGUACUCCCUGUAUCUCAUGCUCAUCAGACACCUCCAGAUUCUCCUGUGCCCCCUGUCUCACAUCCACCAGCACCCAUUAUCCCUGUGAAAGGUACAGAGAACACUGGAUAUGGCAAUAUGCUGUUUGCACGUUGCCACCCCUAAAAUGGCGUAGUUAACUUAUGGCUACUCAUUUGUGGGUCAUUUACAACUGCCAAAAUCGCUGGUAUUUAAUUUCAUCAUAUUUUUCUCCCCAGAACGCAGCCCUUCACCCCAGCCUCAGCCAGAGGAAGAACUAUAUCAGGAGCCACCUGUUGAGACCAAUGUAUAUGAAGCACCACCCCAGGCAAGUGACAGUAAAAUUUGUUAUUCUUCUUCUCAACAGAUCACUAAUAAUAUAAGGUGUGUUUAUGGAUAAGACACUACACUGUUGUUAAGUUGUUUGCUUUUCUGCUGUCUCAGGAGCAUCAGGAGGAACCAGUGUAUGAAUCUGGAGUAGAGGAAGACAGGGGCCUGUGUGCUCGAGCACUUUAUGACUACCAGGCCGGUGAGUACUUAUUUAUGGAAUGUGUAAAGGAAAGAGUGAAUUGAAAGUUUAUAGAGAUCAGAAUUCCGAGCGAGAGAGGCCUAUAGGAGGGAGGUUUGGAGGCUGACAUAUUUGCAUGUAUGUUAUCAAGAGCACCAAAUUUCCACUUGCUGUUGAUGAUGGGUGAUGGGAGAAAAGACCAAAAGCUGUAAGUAUAGCUGUGGCUGCUUGAGUAUAUCAGGGACCAAUUGGAAUGGCCCUGUUUUAGUUGCCUCUUUCACUGAUCUGACUCAUCUCAUGGGUUGCCUGGGUAUGACUCCUUAAAGAAAUUUGUAUUCUGCACCUCUGUAGAACCUGCUUUCACGCAAGAAGUAACAUACCACAAUAAUAAGUUACUUUCUUUAUUGAAAUGAACUUUUGUUGACACUGAAUAGCCGAGAAUACAUUUUGUUUGUGUCUGUUAUUGCUUGUGAUGCAAAACAGCUAGACAAAAAGAUAUUGCAUGGAGCAUAUCUUUUUACUUCGAGAAAGGAUUACAACAGAGUAAUGGCGUGAGUGGUUUGUUGCUAAAUUAGUCUGCCAGACCAGAUAUUUAGUAAAGAUGAUACUUUCUCUGAAUUGCUGAUUUGCAGAGUUUUCUUCCCAACAUGGCUGUUUUGCCAUUUUGCUAGUCAUUCAAACAAAUGAUCGAAUGAUUAUAGGUAAAUCCAUCUGGCUGUCUAUAACAUUUGCCUACUCCUCUGCCAUGCCAGUUCCUGACUCUACGUUUUUAUAGUUAUUUGAAGCAGUACUCAUCUGGCCUCAUUUUGUUCCAUUUUUGUUUUAGUUCAUUUUCCAUUCUUGUAUUUUCUGGGCUGAUUGCCAGAACAAUUGCAUUACUUACUGAGCAGCACAAGAUUAGUCCUUCAUCUCUGAGUUUAAAAUCCAUUUGUUUUUCUUUGAUAACAGGCUAAAAUAGCUGCAAGAAGAACACACACUAAAUACUAUUUCAAAAAUACAUCUAUUCCAGAAUAUAAUACUAUUUAACUCCCAUUAAACACUUGUUAUAAUAGAGAACCAGCCAUAAUAAACAUUACUAUACUUUUAUGGUGCCUGGCGUAGCCCGACCUGCAGUGGGACAAAACGUGCGUUGGCUCCAUGUUAAUUUAAUAGCACUUGGUUUUUUUUUUAACCGGCUCGCAUUUUAUUUUGCCUUAUUUCAUUUGGAUAAUGUGAUACAUGGGACUUUAGGGCAAGCUUCCUUAAAAAAUAUUUGUGCACAAAUAUAAGGCAGUAUUAGGGCUUUUUAGAACAGGAGGUCCGUGUUGAGGACUCAGGACUAGUUUAGAAUGUAGAGUAAUAACUUCAAUAAGGUGCUUUUUAAUUAGUACCGUUCACGCACUUUUCCUCUCUAAAGAAACAUUUCGGGUUUCCUAGUAUUUUACUCUUUUCUACAGCAAUGCAAGUACUCCUUUAUCUAGUGGCUUUCUGUUGUGAUCUUUUACCCAGUAGUGUCAGAGGAAUCAUUAGCACAGCAACUAGUUGAAUAAGUGUAUGCAAGUUGGUUAGCUGCUUUAGCUGUCACAAUAAUCUUUUAAUUGCAUACAAAGUUUCCAUUCAUUUUAAACUUUGUAUUGUAUCUGUGGGAAACCAGUCGAGCAAUUUAUUAAUUUUUUUUAUUGAUUAGGGAUAAGCUCUGGUUUCACUCCCAAUCCUAUUAUUACAUGGGAAAGGUUAUUUUACCCUCUUGACGGUCUCGCCAUGGAGGACCAGCCUCCAUGGCUUUUAUGAUCAAUCUUGGUGAUAUCAGCCAAGCUAUGGGAAGGCAUUGGGAGGCUAUAACGCAUGCACUAAUCUGUAUCUCCUCAUAGAGAUGCAUUUAUGACUUUGCAUCUCUAUGGGGAACAUUCAGUGUCUCUAUGCAAAACAUGGAGACACUGAGCAUAGAUACUGCACACUGUGUAGCACUGGACUAGGAUGCACCUCUAGUGGCCGUUUGAGUUUUUGCUCUGAAAAGGCAGUGUGUACAUUGAAAAUCCUGAGGGUACAGGCCAUAGACACCAUAACUACUACAUUAAGGCGCAGUGGUUCUAGUGACUAUAGUGUCGCUUUAAGAAUUGUAUUUUUGUCGCUGAAUAUGAAGCUUUGUUAGUUAAAAAGCAAAUUGGCUCCUACAUUUUUUAGCUGACUGCUAGAUCCCAAGUAAAUUUAUCAAGCCCUGUACUAAUAUGCUGUACAUAUCUGUGUUUGAGCUGAUAAGCAAAUGUCUCUACCCAGGGCCGGACUGGCCCACCGGGAUACCGGGAAAAUUCCCGGUGGGCCGCGGCAUCUGGGGGCUGUGCAGACCGGUUGGCCGGUCUGGUGGCACACUCAGAGGGGGCCAGCUGCAUUCCAGGCUGGAGUGGCCGGGUGGCAGCCUCGCCGGUCCGGCAGCACUCCUAAUGCUGAGGACUGAAGGAGGAGAGAGCAUGUCUUUCUACCAUGCUCCCUCGCGGUUCCCACAAUUCCCAGCACAGCAUACAGCAUACAGUGCUGGGAAUUGUGGGAACCGCAAGGGAGCAUGGUAGAGAGACCUGCUCCCUCCUUCUUCAGUCCUCAGCAUUAGGAGUGCCGCCAGACCGGCGAGGCCCCCCCAUACACACACAUUGCCCCACACACCCGUCACACUGAACCUUUCACACACAUUGCACCACUGCUCCUAUACCCUACUACAGCCCCAUAUCCCAGCAGACUCCAGGUAAGUUGUCAAACUGUUCUUAAACGGUUUGACUACUUACUCUGGGAGCGGGUCCUGGCACCAUAACCACUACACAGAGCAGUAGUGGUUAUUGUUCAUGGAUUAUUUCUUUAAAUAAUCUAUAAAUGCCCCACCCGAGAUCAGGCUCUGGAUCCGCCACUGGUAUGUGUGUGUAUAUAUGUAUGUAUUUAUAUUUAUAUGCCUAUUAUAUUUACACAUAUAUUAAUGUACAUUUAUAUAUGCAUAAUACACAGAGAAAUGUCAUUAAUAUGUACCAUAUCUAAUGAGCAGAUAUUGGCCCAGUCUUGUUGCUAGUUGCAUACUCCAGCACAAUAACAUAUUUAACCCCUUAACGCCGUUACGGUGUUCUAUGCCGUCCCGCAUUAAAUGGGCUUUAAAGCCGUUGCGGCGGCAUAGAACGCCGUAACUGCUUUCAGCCCCUGGAGCGCCCGGUAUACUCACCUUCCCGGCGAGCCUCUUCUGGAGGGUUGACUCACAGCCCAGGUAGCCCUCCCCCGGCAAAUCAGGCCCCCGGGGGCCAUGUGAUCGCUCUCAAAGAGCGAUCAGAUGGCCCUCUAUAGCUGGCUGUGGAUCUGCCAACAGGGGGACUGUCUGAAAUGUCAGUGUUUGUGACUAAGUGGCUACUAAAAAAGACUAAACAUACCCCACUUUCAAUACCUUGGGUUUUCUACUUUUUCAAAUGGUAUGCCAUUAUGGGGGUAAUUCUCAUUCCUGGGCUACCACACCGUCUCAAAGGUAACAUUACUAAUCUGGCAAAUUUCAAUUUGAAAAUGGAAUGUUCUAUAUUUGACCCUGUAACUUUCCAAAACAUCAUAAAACCUGUUAAUGGGGGGUACUGUUGUACUUGUGAGACAUUUGCUGAUUACAAAUAUGUGCAUUUUUUUGCAGUAAAACCUAACAGUAUUAUGACAUUCACAGCUAAAAUGUCAGACGGAAAUACAAAUUAAAAAAAAAGAAAUCUUAUUUUCUCACAUUAGUUUAAAUUUUAUUCAUAAUAAAUUCUGUUCCAUAUAUGAAUAGUUAAUGAUAAAUUAAAGCCCUGUUUCUCCUGAACAAAAUUAUAUAUAAUAAGUGUGGAUGCACUUAAUGUGACCGCGGUGAAUUACGGUUGAACAGGCAUAUAGCGCAAAUUACAGUUUUUGUUUGUUUCGUUUUGAUCAGAACUUGCACUAUUGACUCCAUCCUGAAGGGGUUAAAGUGAAGAGCGCACCCACAGAACUUCAAAAUAAUAAGAUAACGUAAUUUUUUACAGUUGUGCCCUACAUACAUUCACCAUUUUAGUCCCAUUACCAAGCUUUCCAUACUAUGUCAAGGUAGUUGGACUGAAACAUUGGUUAUAUGCAAAGGCACUUCUGCUUAAAAUAAAUCUGCACUCUUGUUUUUUGUGAAGCCUAGGAGUGCUUUUUUUCACGUUGGAGUAAUAAUUUUUAAUUUUAAGUUAUCUCUUCUAACUCUGUAUCUGCACACUAUGCUGGCGCGACGCAUUAUGGGGCUGGUAAAUAAUUUUUUUUUCAGGGCUGCUUUUAAUUCCCAGUCCGGCCCUGUCUCUACCCAUUUUACAGCUUGCUCAGUAGUAGGAAUAAGUCUUUUUUGACCAAGGAAAUAAUUGUAAUAUGUUCUCAAUGCAGAUGUGGUUAGAAUAGAUUUUAAAAACCACUGAAAAUAAGUAAAUGAAUCUAGAUGUGUAGAAAUAUGAGACAUUUCCCUAACAUGUUGGAUAAUCUCAUAUCUUAUCAUGUUUUGUGAGCCUUAGCAAACAUUACAUAGAGUGUAGUGCAUUAAAAGCAGAGGGCUUGGCUUCUGGACCUGCACAGUCUAUGAAAAGUAAAAAAAAACUAAAUGAACCAUCUCAUCAUUUCUGUAAAGUGAAUACUCAGUGAAUUUCUGUUGUUUUUGAGACCAAAUUUUAAAUGUAGCUAUUCAUUUUUGCAAAUGUACAGAUAAGAAUUUAGAUGUCACGAAUGUUCAUGUAAAUCCCUCAAUAAUGAGUCUGGUUGCUUUGCAUUAAAUCUGAACAGAUGCCCUGUAUUUUACUUGACCCUUAUCUUAAUCUCCAUUUUCUCAUCUAGACAGCAUUUAUGGUUAUAUCCUAAUUCAUAUCAUAAGUGUUUGGAAGUUCUUUCUGGACUGGCUGCUGGCAAAUAAACAUCAUCUCAAAUUUAAUGCAGAGAAUGUCAGAUUAUUAGCCACCACAUUAACUGGCCCUGGAUUAAUUAAAUCUGUUGUGUAAUCUUCAGAACACCCCAUCUUCCUGUUAGUGUGAUUUACUUAAAGGACCACUAUAGGCACCCAGACCACUUCAGCUUAAUAAAGUGGUCUGGGUGCCAGGUCCAGCCAGGAUUAACCCUUUUUUCUAUAAACAUAGCAGUUUCAGAGGAACUUUUAUGUUUAUAUUAGGGUUAAUCCAGCCUCUAGUGGUUGUCUCAUUGACAGCCGCUAGAGGCGCUUUCGUACUUCUCACUGUGAAAAUCACAGUGAGAAGACGCCAGCGUCCAUAGGAAAGCAUUGUGAAUGCUUUCCUAUGAGACUGGCUGAAUGCGCGCACGGCUCUUGCCGCACAUGCCCAUUCAGCCGAGGAGGCGUAGAGGAGGAGGAGGAGAGCUCCCCGCCCGGUGCUGGAGAAAGCGGUAAAUUUAACCCCUUCCACCCCAUAGAGCCCGCGGGAGGGGGACCCUGAGGGUGGGGCCACCCUCAGGGCACUAUAGUGCCAGGAAAACGAGUAUGUUUUCCUGGCACUAUAGUGGUCCUUUAAGAGUAGAGCAGUCUAGUACAAAUGGUUGCAAUUCCUUCAACUAAUAUGUAUCACUCAUUCUCAAAAGAAAUAAUGGAUAAGGCAAUAACUGAAUAUGCUUCUGGCUUAUUGACUUUUUUUCUGAAUUCCUAAUAAGAGCAUAUUUCCAUUUUCUUCUAAAGAAUGUCCGCUCUAACCUGGAGUGUACCUUUAAAAGUAUUGUCUUGUGAAAGCAAGCUAACUGGCCAUAGUGCAGAAAGAGGCAGAUUCUCUCUCUAGUUUCAUAUGGCAAAGAAAGUCCGGUAAAAACUUUAAUUAAUGUACAUCGUGUGAUUUAAUCAGCAGCUGGGUAUCAAAGUAAUGAGAGUAUAGUGGGUGCAGCUGGAGCCAUACAAUACUGCAUCAGUUCUCUAAAUUAGUUGAUUGUUGCAUUGUGAGAGCAUGUCUUUCAAGUCUCCAGAGCAAGUAAUUGAAGAAAAGAAAUAAUGACACUGAUGUCCCUGCUUGGAACUUAGUAAAUAGGAAAUCUGUGGCAUAAGAUGGCUGGGAAUGUAUAGGCUGGCUGAAGGUCAUUGGAGUUCUAAUGUAACAGCUGGAAAGGGACCAGUCAACUAUUCCAUUGUCCCAAUUGGGAACUGUAAUUGUAAUUUUAUUUUGCUAGGUAGCAGAAAUGUUCCGUUAAAUGUGAUUUCAGAAUUAGUUUUUUUUUCAGAAGGCCCUAGUUGGUUUAACAAGUGGGAUAUAUCAUGAUGCCCCUCUUCAGUCCAGACCUAGAAUUAUCUGAUGGAAUGUAACCCUUCUACAGAGAGAGAACAGGCACCCUUUAGUAUUAUGGGACAAUAUAAUCCCAUUGCUGUCCCUGAUAGAGGUCCUGGGUGCUUGCAGACCACUACCAAAGGCUACACAUAUUAUUAAAAGGUUCAUAUGAGUCUUGUAUGUGUUCUUUAAGGGUUUCAAUGAAUCUCAUUUGCCACAUGUUUGUUGAGAUGAAAUUAAUUGAAAAAAACAUUGCUCUUCCAGUAUUUUAGCUAUAAAUAAUCUGUCUGAUGUAUGUAUCCUGGGUAAUGAAUGGGGGGGGGAAAGGGGGGAGGGUGGAGUGGAUUUGUUCUUGUUUUUUUAAACUGCACAAAAUGGCCAUGUUACAAUCAUCCUGUCUGUCAGGCAGUGAAGUGGGAAAGCCAAUGCUGUCCCAUCUCAUUGCCACAUUUUCAUCAGUUGCAUCAGCAUAUUUCUGGUUAUUCACUUAUUUUACUAACAGUGCUUUGGUGCCAUCUUGUGUCCAGUUGGUGCACAUUCUCUUUCAUAACUGUGGUAUAUGCCCAGUGGGAGGUGUUGUCGGCUAUCCUAAGCCAUAAUAGAAGUUACUAGAUGCCUUCCUUAUUUCUGGGCUUCACUGUCAUACAGGCCAAGCUCGCGUCAUUCCUCUGUGAAACGAUACCACCUAGCUAGGUAAGAGCAUGAAAGAGAUUUUCCCUGCAUGUAUCCACCCUAUGUCCCAAACAUCUUAACACAAGUAACGUUUAUACCUGGAUGGGCUGGAAGCAAUCCCAUAGUACAUGUAACGUGUAGUAACCAUUUUAUAGUUUGAAAAUCCUGCCUUAUAAAGGGGAGGCAAGUCCCAUGUAUCCUCACAAAUAUCUUAAUAUGUCAAACAGGGUUAUUCACUAAAGUGAGAAUUGAAAGUGAAUUUCCAAUACAAGGUAAAAAUAGCAAACUGGAAAUAUUCUCUAAGUCAGUUAUGUUUUCAGUUCUGCUAUUUUGGCUUUCAAUUUGAAAUUCACAUUGAAUUAAUAUUACAAUUCUUAUUUUAGUGAAUAAAUCUGAUGGUGUAUAGCAGUUAAAUCUGAGUGUAUUAAUUAUUUUAUGGCAACCUCAAUUGAGUUGUGACUAGUAUCAAAGCAUUACAGGAACAUAUUACAGUGUAUGGUUUAUCCGUUCGGGAGUUAUGGUAUCCGAACACUUUGCAUUCGACUCCCAAACGAGAACCACCCCAGUACCCCAUUAGAACGUUCACACCAGCAACUUAAGUGCAAAACCGCAAGGGAAGUAAUUAAUGAAUGCUUCCCCUUGGAAGCAUUUUGUGUAACCGAAUACACGUGUUCGGCAAAAGAGUGGCGGACAUUUUGUUUCCCAAACGUGGGCAGCGGUACUUGGUCGUUGAGUGCCUGGACCCCUUUUCGGUUAGGCGCUCGCACGAACCAUGGUAAAUAUUAUAGCGCUGCCCGUCCUACUUCCCGACCAACUAUGCGAACGAUGUUCGGGAGAUGGGGACUACCAUAUGGGGGGAGCAUUCGCUCCUUGUAUGGUUUUCGUACAUGAACCCCCGAAUGAAGACCGAUUGGGGCACCUAAGUCCCUAGAACUGUUCUGGGCCACCACCUCGUGUCCGGUCGGUCAAAACUUUAUCCCGGUGGCAAUACAGUUCUGCCAAAUGGAUCUGAGUGAGAUUUGGCCAAGUUGUACACUCAGAGCAGAGCUAUCUGGGGAUAUAACUUUUGUGGGGUUCCUGGUUAUAAUGGGGGUACUUUUGGGUUAUCCUAUAUGUUGUGUAGGUUUUUCUGUACCUGAGUGAUAAUUGAGUUGUAGUUUUCUCACAAAAUUAUCUCUCAGGCACAAAAGACCCUGCGAAGGAAAACCCUGUAAUUUUGUGUUGUAGACCCCAUGUUAGGGGUCUGUGCAUAAAAGCCGUGGGUGACCAGAAUAAAAGAGUUGACUCCCAGAACUAUGUCUCGUCUAGUUACUCGGGGAAUGGAUGCUUAAGUGUUUUAAAGGUUCCAGUCAGGCUGAGAGGAGGAAUUAGCAGAGGUAACCAGUUGGGUUACCCAGAGUCCGCUGCACACAGUUUUUUAAUAAAAAUAAAGUUAGAAUUUAUCUUGCUUUGUAUUGAUAUGAUUUAAAAAAUAAAUAUUGCAGGUUCCAUCUUCUGAUUCUGGCUGUAGCGAGUCUUAAUGUAUGUCAUAAGACCAGUGAUUAGGAUUUUCACCUACCGAAUAAACCCUAAAUAUUUUUAUACCACGAGAUAGUGGAUAAGGAGUUGUGUGCAUGUAUGUAUAUUGUUAGUGGUGUUGGGUUGGUGGGUAUUGUGUGUUGUGUGUGUGUGUGUGUGUGUGUGUGUGUGUGUGUGUGUGUGUGUGGGCUGUUCAUAUUAUUUGUAUGAGGGGAGGGUUAUUCUACAUUUCUGUGUAUAUCUAGCAGUGUGUGUGGGUUCCCUGGGUUCCAGUGGGCACCAGGCUGCCCAGGCACAGGUCAAGGACAGGAGCUGUGAUAGCUGUCGAGGGCUGCUCUACUACAGUGUGGAUUCCCAGUCACAAGUGCUGGGAGGAAGUGAUCUGAGAUCACUUCCUCUAUGUGCUGCAAUGCAUAAAUUGAGGUUUGUCCUUCACCACCUCUUCGUAUUAGCAGAUAUCUGAAGUUUUACUGGGACUCCUGAUAGGCUAGAGUGCGUUUGGCUCUAGCAGCCUUGAGUGCCGUGCAAAGAAACCUUGAGUGCCGUGCAUGGCACUAGUGCCGUAGGUUGCCUACCCCUGCCCUAGACAAUCAGCGGUGUCCCUGCCUGGCGGCACUCCUGACCUGGAGGCAGCCUUUGGGAUUAAACCAUCCAAGAAUAGUUCUUAUGGUGAACAGAGUGUCUCUUUAAAUUGUUCUCCAAAAAUAAACGAUUGACCUAAUGAACUAGAGAUAGUUUAACUUGUAAUUAAAAAUAUAUAGAUAAUAAUGAAAUUAUUGCAUGUAGCAAAAUCAAUUCUGAUCUAACUUGUAAACUAAUAUGAAAAGUUAUUUUAAAUAUGUAGUCGUCAUCUAGUUUCAAAUAUUAAAAAUUAUAACAAUCAGCAAUAAUGAAUCUUUACAUUUAAAAAUCUUUAUUGAAAUUGAGCCUUACUGAUUUAACGGGUUACUCUAAACAUUAUAACCGCUGCAGCUCACUGCAAAACAAAGGGCCAAGAUACUCCUGGUAUCAUAGUGUAAAGUGUGUAGCGCUAAAAAGUGGUUGACACUUACCCCUAAAAGUUAGUGGAUUUAAAAGUUGCAGAUAAUAACUGUAGGGAAUAAUGGAAAUAAAAUAUAGUGUAAUACAGUAAUGACCAGUGGUAAUAUUAGAUCAUAAUAGGAAGCAGGCCAAUUGGACGACUAUAUACCAGUAGUCUGUAUGUAUUUAACUGUUUUUAUUUUUAAAAUGACAAAUAAAUGGGAAAUAUACUAUAGCAUACUAUCUGGUGGACCAUCUAUCCUGUUGAAAAGAAGGGCAGUGUCACCCUAAAUAAGACUCGCUCAUCUGUACACUCAGAGCCAAGUCAUAGGCUCUUGACAAGGUGAGAAGCAACCUAUAUUCUAUCUGUACCUUGUUUUACUGAGGAUUUCUACACCAGGGCAAGUUUCCCUGUUUCUAUUUUAUUUCCAUUUAUUGAGGUUAAUGCUGAAUAUGGAUCCAUAGGGUGUGUGUCACCCAGAGUACACAAAAGUGGAUGUGAUUAGAGCCAGUCCUAAAUAGGCUCUAAACCACGUGAGUGCUUCCUAUUAUGAGCUAAUAUUACCACUGGCCAUUACUGUAUUACACUAUAUUUUAUUUCCAUUAUUCCCUACAGUUAUUCUCUCCACCUUUAUAGCCCCUAACUUUUAGGGGUAAGUGUCAACCACUUUUUAGCACUACACACUUUACACUAUUAUCAUUUGUUUGUUUAAUAGUGGUUUUUGUAUUAGAUUGUAGUAUGAUUGGGGAGUUCCUAUUUUAUGUGUGGAAGCUGCUACAUUUGAUAGCACUUUAUCUUAUUUAAGCGCCUUAUAGCACAGAGCACCUUUUCCAUAUUUCACUCCUGGUAUCAUCACUAUAAAGGUUUGCCCUCUUACCUUGGUUCCUGCUGGGCUCCUCUAUAGCCAGUGAUGACAUCUGGCUUCUGCAGAGCUGUACAUACAAACUACCGGCACAAUGACCACUUCAAAUAACUGAAGUGGUCAUGGUCCUUGCCGUAACCCUUUAAAUCCUGAUUUAAAUAAAAUGUGCCCUGUAUAACAGGCCUUUUACCCAGGCUAGCCUACUCACUAUAUCUCACAAUCUUAUUUAACAACCCUUUGUACAACAAUGUGUUUUGUUUUUUUUCUACCACUUUCCUUAAUAUGUCUGCUUGCCAAGCCAACCAAUGCAGGGGUGUCAACAUAAAAUGCUUGUCCCUUUUGUAGGCCAUCAUUUGAGACCAAUUAGAAGUUGCUGUUGUCAUUGUGUAGUGCAAAUCAAUUCAUUGCCUGAAAGAGUUGAAUGUUGCUAUUGUCCAAGUUCACAGCCCAAUUAAGGGUCACCAGUGAAUGAUUAACGAAGCCGGAUAUAACUUCAAAAUGAAAUAUAUUGUGCAAUAAGUGAACUUUUAAAAAUAGAGCUUUUAUAGGAAGUAUGUAGAUAGGAUAAGGCUGCAUAAACAGUAAUUUAAGUCCUAAAUAGAAAAAAGGAAAUUGGUAGCAUACCCAGAACAUGCAUUUAGCAGUGGUGCUAUCAUAAAGACCAAAAUUUAUACAAAAUACAAAUCAGGGAAUAAUGUGUGUACACAAAAUAUGCUGCUUUUUUGUGUGCGUACAUUUUUAAAAUCUGUAUAUGACUCGAGAUCAGUGAUACUGUGGCAUUACCUAUACAAUAAACAGAUUUGUUAAGCUGAAGUUGUUAUGGUGUUUGAAGUGUCUCUUUAAUUAUGCUUUUUAAGCAAGUUGUUUUGCAAAACCACGUCUUUUUUGUUAAUUAUUUAUUAUUUAUGAAAUAUUUUACCAAGAAAGCUACAUUAAGAUUUCUUUCAUUUUCAAGGAUGUCCUGGGUCUACAAAAUAUUGCAUCAAUACAUUAGGGUAUAAUUAAAUACAAAAAACAAUAUUAAUACACAAUACAUACAAAAUUUAACAUAGAACAGGUAGGAAAUAUAUAAUCAACCAUGACAGGUGCAUUCUGUUUUGAAGUAUGUAGAGAGGGAUCUCUUAAAGGACUUUAGGCUUGGGGAAGAUUUGAGUGUGUGUGGGAGGUCGUUCCACAAUUGCGGCACUCUGUAGGAGAAGGAGGAUCAGGCUGCUUUCUUUUUGUAUUGAGGUAGACUAAAUAAAGUGCUGGUACUGGAUCGGAGGUUAUAAGAGGUUGGAACAGCUGAGGAGAGCAUUCUGCUCAGGUAGGGCGGGAGCUUACCAGAAAAGCUCUUAAACUAGUUUUGGAUAAAGUUUAGAUGCCAGUGUGGAGGCCAAAAGAUAGAUUGGGGUCUAACAACAUACCCAAGUAUUUGAAAGAGUGGACUGCGGUCAGUGUGCUAUUUGAAUUAGUUUUGAUGGAUAGGUGGGAAUUGUGUAAUUUAGGUACUGUUCCAAAGAUCAUUGUGACAGUUUUGUCAGUGGUUAGGAAGAGUGUGUUUUUUGUGAUCCACUUUUCUACCUCAGUAAACUGGUCUUGGGCACAGCCUCAAGCUGCAGUAGAUUGGAUUUGCUUGCAUAGAUUACUGUGUCGUCUGCAUACAUGUGUACAUUUGAGGAUUGGCAGAUCAUUUAUAAAUAAUGUGAAUAGUAGGAGGCUGAGAAUGGAACUUUGGGGAACACCACACGUUACUGGGGGUGGGAAGGAGUUGCUGUCAGAAAUGGACAGGAAGGAGUCGCUGUCAGAAAUGGACACAUAUUGCGAGCGAUCCGAUACAUAUGAUCGAAACCAGGUUAGCGGACAAUCACCAAUACCUGAGGUUUUUAGUUUGUGCAGUAGAAUGUCGUGGUCUACUGUGUCAAGGGCCUUUGCAAAAUCAAGGAAAAUGGCAUGUGCAUACCCUUGUGUCAACUAUAAGUAAUAGAAGCAAUCCUUUUUUUACAUUUUAGCUGAAUCAGAAAAUAUAUACAAGACAUCUGCUUAGUGGGCAGAACAGGGCAGAUUUUCUUACACUUAAGAGCAGAAAAGUGUUAAUUGGCUAGCUUAUUGAAGAAGGAGAAGAGAUUCUUUUCAGUGUGAAUGUGACACUCAAUACAAAACCAACAGACCAUUCAAUGUUCUACAAUGUCUGUUUGUUUGUUUAGGCCACAGCUUCUUUCUCUCUCUAAUGCCAAAGUCUCAUAAUAAACAACUCAAAAGCCAAUCUGAGUUCUAAAAAAAAAAUGUUUUCCUGGCCAUCAUGUUGGGGUGGUAGAAAAACUAUUUUAAUAAUGUUUUGUUUUAUUAAACAUUGAAAUAUAUUCUGCAGUACCGGUAGAUUUGAAGGUUAUGUAUAAAGAGCAAUUUUGAGAAUCUAAAAGAGUAAUUUUUUUCAGAGCAUUUCAUUGGUUUCUGUAAAGAUUGCUUCAUUUUCAGAACUUUGCUGUAGUAUUUAAUAUAAAGUCCCUAAGGAAUCCGAAAGGAAUGCUCCUUAGUCUUUGCAGUUAUUUAGCUAAAACAGUGACAUCCCUUUGAUUGUUUGUUUGAGCAGGGCUCUCUUCGCCUACUGUUUCCGUAUGUGAUACAUGUUUUGUCUUUAUUAAAUGUUUGUCUUGUAUUUCCUAGUGUACAGCGCUGCAGAAUGUUUUCAGUUUAUAAAUAAUAGUAAUUUCCAACUUUUUAAACAAACUGAUCAGAUCUCUUAGUUACACAGUCUAUAAUGCAAUACAAAAGUCACCUGACUUGGUUAAAUUGCUUGAAAGCUCUUAUAUAAAAAGAUUUAAGAUUUAGUACACAAACUGUAAAUUCUCAGUAAUGCAAUUUUAGCUUACAUUUUUGCAUUCUGUUUUUGUGGUGCUCACUGUUUGUUGAAAAAGAUGAUGCUUUUUACUUGAAUAUGAUCUUUCUGUUUUGUACCUUACAGCUGAUGACACAGAGAUCUCAUUUGAUCCAGAUGACCUUAUCACUCAUAUCGAAAUGAUAGAUGAGGGCUGGUGGCGUGGUUAUGGACCCAACGGCCACUACGGCAUGUUUCCUGCGAACUAUGUAGAGCUGCUAGAGUGA